CUCUUUUCUGUCUGUGAACGGAAGUUAUUUCUGUCUCGUCGAGCUGGUGGUGAAAAGGUUCUGGAACAUUUGCUGUUUUCAGAAGAGCAAUGAGCUGGCAAUACAGUCUUUUAUUUCUAUUCCUCUCUGGCUUUGCUGCGCUCUAUGUUGCAGAGAUAUGUAAAACAGAUCUACUAGAGGGAACGUCCUGCACCAUAAAGCUUCCAACAAAAAACACUGACAAAUCUAAUGAGAUCACAUGGCUCCAUCUCUCUAGUGAUGCCGUGAUUCACAGGAAAAAUGGGAAGAUCAAGAAACCCAUUCCAGGUCUAACAAUGGAAGAAGAUGGAUCAUUAACAUUUGGAAGUGUUAGUCUGAAGAACACCGGCAAAUAUAAAUACACUGUUUUUAAUCGUGAUGGUACAGAGAUUGAUGCUGGAGAAAAGGAAAUUAAAGUUUAUGCAAAGGCUCCUAAACCUACUCUGACCAUCAACUACAAAGAUGGGAUCUCUACACUCACCUGUGACUUCAGAGAGCAUCCAGAUCUGACUGUAUCCUGGUAUAAAGAAGAAAUAAUCAUCCAGAAUGAAAACAACCCAGAACUGCUCUUGACAUCUGCUCAAGUACAGGAGAAUAAAACAUACUCGUGCAGUGUAAGCAAUCCUGUCAGCAACGAGCAAAGUAACAGCGUUACAGUAUCAUUUGCAGAGAUAUGUAAAACAGAUCUACUAGAGGGAACGUCCUGCACCUUUGAGCUGAAAACAAAAAACACUGACAAAUCUAAUGAGAUCAUAUGGGUCCAUCUCUCUAGUGAUGCCUUGAUUCAGUGGAAAAAUGGGAAGAUCAAGAAAAGCACUCCAGGUCUAACAAUGGAAGAAGAUGGAUCAUUAACAUUUGAAAGUGUUAGUCUGAAGAACAGCGGCAAAUAUAAAUACAAUGUUUAUAAUAGCGACGGUACAGAGAUUGAUGCUGGAGAAAAGGAAAUUACAGUUUAUGCAAAGGCUCCCAUACCUACUCUGACAGUGAACAUCAACUGUACAGAUGGGAUCUCUACACUCACCUGUGACUUUACAGACCGUCCAGAUCUGACUGUAUCCUGGUAUAAAGAAGAAAAUAUCAUCCAGAAUAAAAACAACCCAAAACUGCUCUUGACAUCUGCUCACAUUCAGGAGAAUAAACCAUAUUCAUGUAGUGUAAGAAAUCCUGUGAGCAACGAGCAAAGUAACAGCGUUACAGUGUCAUGUCCUACAGGUAAAGGUGACCCAGGUCCUACAGUUGAAAGUGGCUCAGGUCCUACAGUUGAAAGUGGGCCAGGUCCCCGUACAUUCUUUGGCUUUGAUUUCUGGGUAAUGGUGGGCAUUUUGCCAACACAGCACCAAAAAGUUGUUCCCAACAGUCCUGAGAUUGUGGCUCCUGAUGUCCCAAGCCCUGUGAUCCAUGAGGUGCGGAUCCUCAAGAAGGGCUCAUCUCUGCUGGAGGACCUGCUGACCUUUGGUCCAGAUUUGGGCGUGUCGGUUGGCGGCUUGACUACGCGCUUCUUCGACCUCAGAUGGUGGGAUCUUGGCUAG